AUGAAGUUUAAGAGGGAUAUCUCAAGAGCAGAAAUCAACACGGAGACAAGAGUAGUCAAGGUGACCUUCAAAGGGAAGAACACUGCCAUGAAAUGGGUUGGAUGGGGCAUGCCGCUGGGGAUGAGAAUGCUCAAAUUGGUGGACUACGAGACGCAACGAGAGGAAGCCAAGGCGAAUAAUGCUCUGCUUCAUAUGGACUUCUAUCGAUUCACGAUUGCGGCAAAGAGGGGCUGCCCCACCUCCUCUGACCUGUAUUGGAUACUAAGCCAGAAAAUAGGGGUGCGAGUGCAAGCACUAGCGCACGUUGAAACGGGAGAUGGAAACGUGAAUGACAAGCAAUGGAAUGUCAGCAUCAAGGCGGAAGCGUGCCCAGCGAAUCUAAGGAGAGUAUCCAGCAUGGUGCGAGGAAAAGGAGGACGCGAAUACGGCAGCAACGAGCAUCCAACAACCAUCGAGCAAUUAUUAGCACAAGUCAAAGGACGUCAACUAUCGAGCACCUCCCAGAUUCUGAAGCAAGGCCGGGAGAAGCAGCAAGCGGCAGCAGACGGAAGUGAGAGGCCGAGUAUUCCCGAGGACUGGGAGCAGGCCAGGUGGGCAACGGCGGUCUCAAAAGAGCCGGAUAAUUUGGAAACAAGUAACACGGGGUACAGUGCAGUCAAGACAUCGGAGCGGACAGCAUCUAUAGAGGCACACAAGGAGACAGGAGUUAAUGCAGAAGGUGAUCAACCGACGCAGGACGGAGGCUUCGACUAUGAAGAAGAAGACUGGUACAUGAGUGAACGAGAUGAGGCCCCUGCGGAGCAAGACGCACGCCACAACCGGACAGACACUGGUGUAAACGAGGGAUGCCACAGGGCGGAGAAGGGGGAACAAGCAAGCCGACCCGAACAGGCACAAAUGCACGACCCACGCAGUGCCAAACGGAGGCCUGAGGCAGGUACUGCGGAGCACGAAGAGCACUCGCGGUCACUGUCGCCGAAAAGACAACUUUCCGAAAAUUGGAAGCUGGCCAGCGACAGUGACAGCAGCAGAAGCAGUAAAGCGUUAAAGAAGAACGCAGCAGAAGAACGAGGCACCAAGCACCAAGAGACGAAUAAACACGGAUCUGAUGACGCAGCGAACAUCCUGAAAAAAUACGUCAUCAACAGCAUGAUUGCGAACUUGGUGGACGAAGUAGAGGUGCACGAAGCAGAUUUUGAAGCAGCAGUGGAGGCAAUCAGGAAGGAUAUGACCAUGCAAGCUCCAAAGGCGGAGAAGCUGAAAGCGUUGGCCAACCACUACGAAGACCAACGCAACAGAUCAGCAAAAGCGUUCGUGCCCAUGAACUACUGGGUGAGACCCGAACACAUCAAAGCAAUGGCGAUGCACGCUAGGGAACUGGUAUAUGCGCUAGAUGUGAUGCAGGACGAGAACACCAGGCUGCAAGUUUAUGGCUACCACGACGUGGAGCUCCCAGACAAAACAAUGAUCGAAACCGGCAUGGUAGUGCCACUGCCCUCUCAAAUAGGAGCGGACCUACUGAGAGACCUCAUAGCAGCUGGCACGCUCCCUAUCAUCAUGAUACUCAGGUACAGCGGCACGGGGAACCACUACCAAGCGGUCACCUACGAGGCCACAAGAUACCAAGAAUACACGGAGCGAUGGAAGGAGCUCACGGAACGCCGCAACAACAUUAUCCAAAAAUAUGGAGGCAGAGGGCUAGAUCCAGAGCCUUACGAUUCAGAUAAGACCGCAAGAGCAGCUGCCAGGGAAUUAAAAGCUAUCAGAAGAGAAGCGAAGAAAUUGGAGACAGAAACACGGGACGUACAGGGGGACGAGCAGGAAAUGAAACGAGGAAGCGAGCCAGCGCAGGCAGAGGGAGACAAGGAAGGACAGUCCAGCAACAACUACUUUUCUGACGAAAAGACCCAGUCGGAGCCGACAAAAAUUACCGCGACGGAAGACAGGAAACUGGACGGGGGUGCAAGUUACGGAGCAGGAACGGAUGGAGCCAAUAGCGGAGGACCACAAGACUUUCGACAGACUCUUAACGAGACAACGGAGAACAUCGAGGAGACGUAA